AUGGAGCUCCAGUUUCAGCGGCAACAGCAGCAGCAGCAGCAGCAGCAGUGCCAGUACGAGGCGGUGCCGGCGAGCAAGGCGGCGGCGAAAGCGAGGAGUAGCAAGUGCAAGUUCGUGGGGGUGAGGCAGAGGCCGUCGGGGAGGUGGGUGGCGGAGAUCAAGGACACCACGCACAAGAUACGUGUGUGGCUCGGCACGUUCGAGACCGCCGAGGAGGCCGCCCGCGCCUACGAUGAGGCCGCCUGCCUUCUCAGGGGCUCCAACACACGCACCAACUUCGCCGCGCCUGUCCACGCCGCCGCCUCGCCGGCGUCCCCGCAGCCGGACUCGCCGCUCGCGUCCAGGAUUCGCACCCUCCUCACCCACAAGAAGCUCAAGAAAAACACCGUGCCGCCGCCGGCGUUGUCCCCUCAGAAGGCUGCCGUCCCUUUCGCUCCCGGGAGAACGACGUAUCGCCACGCCAGCGACAUCGUCGCGGCCGGUAGUAAUGUCAGCCCAGGAAGCAGCAGCAGCACCAGCUCCAGCAUCAGCUUCGCCUUGAGCGGCACUGGAGCGGCCGAUCACCGCACUCCCAGUCCCAGCCUUUCUAGCCACAUGACUUACCAGUGGGUCAACAACGGAAGCGAAGAACUCCACCUGACGUCGCAACACCUCGAACAUCAGUCAUGGCCAGCAGUGCUCAGAGCCACCGUCCCGCCGCUCGCCGGCGGCAACAACCCUCACUGCCCGGUUAUCGCGAACACGAGGAGGACCGAGACGCAAGAUGACUCUGCGUCCGCAUCUGCGUCGCCCGACGGUGCGGCCAUGAGCGGGGUUGUCCAGGAGCGGGAUGACGGAUUCGACAUCGGGAACGAUCCCUGCGACUCCCUGUGGGAUCUGCCCCCGAUCUGUCAGCUCUCCUGCAGGUCGAUCAUGUACUAG